AUGGAAAAUGAAACACUUUCUUUGAUCACAUCAGCUCUGGACCUUUCGGAAAUGCUUCACUGCGAUCAAAUUGAGUCAAUAUUGAUUUAUUCAUCAAGAAAAGAUCAAUACAAACAAUUACUUGACCAAGAUUCGAAAAUCAUCGGUAUAUUCGAUGAUCUCGAUCUGUUAUUUUCAGCAAUCAUUCAUGAUCAAUUGCAAAUUUGGUGUUUUUGGACUGACCAUCAACAUGAUUUAUCCAAACAAGCAAAUCCAUUUCUUUGGCUUCAACUUCUCCAUGAUCUUAUGUUACAAUUACCGCAUGAUGAACAAAGCAAAGAAGAAUUAGUCGAUACUUGUCGUGCUUGCUAUCGAGAGGAUGUGGAAGAACUUGCUAUGAUUGAUGAAUUCGAACGAAAAUAUCAAGCCAAAGAUGCGAUUGAUUGGUAUUUGAAAGAUUCGUUUCUGACAAAACUAGUUAAAAAAGCAUUAGAAGCAGAAAACUCGAAUCAACUUUAUUCAUUACGAUAUUUUCUAUACGAUCUUCUCAAGAUAGAACAUCCUGUUCAAUCUCGUCAAGAAAAACUUACGGUUUACCACGAAAUGAUUCUUUCCGAUAAAGAUUUCAAGAAACUAAAGGAUAAACAAGGUACAUUGAUUGCCAUGAAGACAUUUUUCAAUGUUAAGACUGUUCACUCAUCAAAUUCCACACUACGAACGGCUGCUAUUAAACUUCUUCUUCAAAUCGACUGUGAUCUUCAAGAAAAUUCUAUUCUAACUGAACUUCCCAACUCCGAUCGACUUUUCUUCCACUUCAACACUACAUUUCGUUUUGAUGAACUCGAAGAACUCAACACACAAACGUGGUGCCUGAAAAUGUCGGUAGUCAACGAUGGACAAACGAUCAAACAGAAAUAUCUCGAUGACAUCCACCAUCAAAUGGAGAACUUAUCCAUUCCAGUCAUAUUCGGCAAUUUAUUAUGUGAUAUGAGCCAAUGGACUCAAGCACAAAACUAUUUUGAAUGUAUCCGUGAUGACUGUUCAACAAGCGAAGAUCUCGCAUGGAUUGAAUACGGCAUCGGUCAUACACUUCAAUGGCAAGGAAAAUGGAUCGAAGCAGAAAAGCACUAUCAACAUGCCUAUGAUCAUAUGAUUCAAUCUCAUUCACCUCGUACGAAAGAAUCGUCUCAUGUACUGUCGAAUAUGGGUGAAUUACAAGAACUCCAAGGCAAAUACGAUCAAGCGUACACUAUUCAACAACAAGCAUACGCAAUUCGGAAGAAGUUUUAUCCGUCGGAUCAUAUACAUAUUGCGUCAAGUUUGGAUAACAUAGGACUUAUCCUUUAUCAACAAUUGAAGAAUGACGAGGCACUUGUUUAUCUUCGACAAGCGUUGGAAAUUCGUGAAAAAUAUUUUCACUAUCAGCAUGUUGACAUUGCUAACAGUUUGAAGAAUAUCGCGUGUGUUCUCACAGAUCAACGUCAACAUGAACAAGCGCUGGAAUACUAUCAACAAGCGAUGCGUAUCUAUGAAAACUACUAUCCGAAUGGUCAUGUUUAUAUAGCACAUACAAUGAAUAACAUCGGUCUUAUUCUUUUUCGAUUGGAAAAAUACGACGAAGCAAUCGAUAUUGUCCAGAAAGCAAUGACCAUUCAACAGAAAUUCUAUCCACAUGGACAUAUUGAAAUCGCCACUAGUCUAUGUAACAUGGGCAAUAUCAAAUACGGACAGGGUAAGUACGAUGAAUCGAUCGAAUACCAUCAACGAGUUUUAACCAUGCAACGAAAAUGUUAUUUGUCAAAUCACAUGGAUAUUAUUUGUACAUAUAAUAACAUCGGAUAUAUCUUACUAUGUGGAAAGGGAAACUACGAUGAAGCGCUUGAUUAUUACUAUAAAGCGUUGGAAAUGUUAGAAAAAGAUUAUCCGACAUACGAUGCACAUAUUGCGAAUAGUUAUAACUAUAUUGGAAAUAUUCUCAAUGAGCAAGGGAAAUAUUUUGAAGCACUUGAUUAUUAUCAACGUGCAUUGGCGAAACAGAAGAACUAUUAUACAACGGAUCAUGUGGAUAUGGCAUCGACUCUGAGCAAUAUAUCGAACAUUUUAAGUAAACAAGGCAAAUAUGACGAAGCAUUGGACUAUAGUCAACGAUCGUUGGAUAUCCAACAAAAAUACUACCCAUCGGGCCAUGUAGAAAUCGCUAAUACAUACAAUCUAAUUGGAAAUGUUCUCUGUUGUCAAGGAAAAUUUCAUGAAGGAGUCGAACAGUACCACCGAGCAUUGAAAAUUCAAGAAAGAUCCUAUCCAUUGGGACAUUCAGAUACCGUCAUCACUCUGACAAACAUCGGACACAUUCUCAAAGACGAACGACAAUAUAACGAGGCGCUCACGUAUUACCAACGAGCUCUAACCAUGUUGGAAAGCUUCUAUGCACCCGAUCACUUGAAAAUCGCAGCUGCCUUGGCAAAUAUAGGUCGAGUUUAUUACAGCCAGGGUAAAUAUCAAGAUGCACUCGAUAUUCAACAACGUGCAUUCGCAAUUAAAGAAAAAUAUUAUCCAUCCGAUCAUAUACAAUUCGCUGCUGAACUCGCUCGAAUCGGGGAUAUACUUGAAAAACAAGAGAAUUAUGGCAAAGCUUUAGAAGUGCAACAACGGGCGUUGAUCAUUCAGGAAAAAACUUAUCCAUCCGAUAAUAUUAACAUAGCACACAGUCUCGGCCGAAUCGGUAUCGUUCUAAGCAAUCAAGGUCAGUAUCAACAAGCGCUAGAAUAUCAUCAACGCGCAAUAAAAAUCUAUGAGACUUGUUAUUCGCCGGAACACAUUGAACUUGCGACGUGCUUGAACAAUACUGGUAGCGUGCUUUAUCAUCUCGGUAAAUACGAUGAGGCAUAUCGAUUACAUGAACAAGCUUUGAAACUCUAUCAAAAACGAUAUACAACCGAUCAUAUCGAUAUGACGAAUACACUCGAACAUAUCGGAAAUAUCCUGUAUGACGAGAAAAAGUAUGACAGUGCACUUGAAUACUAUCGUCGCGCGUUGGUUAUCAAAGAAAAAUUCUAUCCAUCUGACCAUGCAUUUGUUGCAACUAGUUUGAGUAACAUCGGAAAUGUCUUAUAUAAUCAAGAAAAGUAUGAACAAGCGUAUGAAUGUCAACAACGCGCUUUGGAAAUUUUAGAAAAGCAUCAAACGCACGAUUAUAUGAAAAUUGGCAAUAAUCUUAAUGAUAUUGGAAAUAUUCGAAAUAGUCAAGGGAAAUAUGAUGAAGCGAUUGAUUAUUACCAACGUGCUUUAGUUUGCUACGAUAAAUAUUCGUUCACUCGGCAUGCAGAUAUUGCUACAACGUUGAGUAAUCUUAGCAAUACAUUGUACAAACAGGAGAAGUACGACGAAGCAUUUGAGUACCAACGACGCGCAUCGGAAAUUCGAGAAAUUUUUUGUCCGACAGUGUAUGUCUCAACGGCGAAUAGUUUCAAUCAUAUGGGAAAUAUCCGCGCUGCACAAGGAAGACAUGAUGAAGCAAUUGAACUCUAUCAACAAGCUUUAUUAGUCCAUGAAAAGAAUUCCACAGCACGCUAUGCCGACGUGGCGAUCAUAUAUACGAAUAUUAGUCGUAGUUUGAGUGAUCAAGGUAAAUUUGAUCAAGCAUUUGAGUAUCAACAACGUGCGCUUGAAAUACGUGAGCAGCAUUAUCCAUCCGCGCAAAUGAACAUCGCGCACUAUCUUAUUGAUAUGGGAAACAUUCGCAGCGAUCAAGGUAAACAUCAGGAUGCGUUGGAUUUGUACAAACGCGCAUUGGAAAUCAAUGAAAAGUAUUGCUCAGCAUCGGACGCACUCAUUGCUAUCAAUCUCAGUAAUAUUGGCAAGGCUUUAUAUCAAUUAGGCCAAGACGACCAAGCACUCGAGUAUCAACAACGCGCAUUGAAUAUUCGAGAGAGUUUCCAUUCGACAAAUCAUGCUAACAUCGCGAAUAGUUUGAACGACAUUGGUAAUAUACGGAAUAGUCAAGGGAAAUAUGACGAUGCGAUUGAUUAUUACCAACGGGCUUUGUCCUUCUACGAGAAAAAUCGCGCAACACAUCAGAUCGAUAUAGCCACAACGAUGAGUAAUAUCAGCGAUACGCUGUUCAAACAGGAAAAAUAUGAUGACGCCUUCGAUUAUCAACAACGAGCUUUGGACAUUCGAGAAAAUUAUUGUUCAGCAACUUCGAUAAACAUCAUCAAAGAUCUAAACCGGAUGGGUCAGAUCCGUAAUACUCAAGGUAAAUAUUCCGAAGCUGUCGAUUGCUAUCAACGAUCAUUAGCAAUGUAUGAGAAAUACUAUCCGACACGUUACACAGAGAUUUCGAUCAUUCUUAGUUUGAUCGGAAGUAAUCUCAGUCAUCAAGGUAAAUAUGAUGAUUCACUGACCUAUUAUCAACGUGCACUGGCUAUCCAGGAAGAAUAUUUUCCAUCUGAUCACGUACAAAUCGCUCUGUUCUUACAAUGGAUUGGUUUCAUCUAUUGUACAAAAUCUGAUUUUGAUCAUGCUAUUAAAUUCUAUGAAAAAUGCCUUUGGAUUCGACAGGUGAAUCUCGCUGCUGAACAUCCGUCCAUUGCCGAAACACUUUCACUUUUGAGUAAAAUUCAUCUAACACGCGGACAAUAUGAGUUGGCAAUUGCCAAUGAAGUCCAAUGUUUAACUAUCCGUGAACACAUUUUUGCACCAGAUCACGAAGACAUUGGCAAAAGUUUAUCUCGGAUAGGCGAUUGUUACAAUUAUUUGAUUAAACUUGACAUUGCUCUGGAGUAUUACAAGCGAGCGUUGAAUGUCUAUGAACAAUGUUUACCAUUAUGGCAUCCGGACCGAUGGAAUUUGGAAUGGAUGAUUGAACAAAUCGCCGAAGAAAUCCAAGAGAAUCAACUUCAUGAGAUUGCUAUCUAG